ACGAUCGAUGAAUUCCUUGAGACUGUCACGCCAAAGAGAAGGGGACCACCCAUGCAGGACGCGUCAUAAAUAUUCAAAGCUGAAACUUGGGGUGACUCAGCCGGGCAACACGACCUUGUCGCGCACCGCGCCUCCUUGCAAACACACGUGCAGCCCCUUAGCCUGUGUCGAGCUCGAAGCCGGGCGACGUCGUGGCGAUCACCAACCACGCACGGACAAACUGCAAGGUCCGCUCGCCGCCGUCUGCGAGUGUGGUGCCCUGAGGUCACACCGCAAGCAACAGAUGCAGUUCCGCACGCCGUCGUACCCCACGUGUGUAAUUACGGCCGAUCCACGUGCGGAGAGGAUGAUUCGCGGAAAAAAAAGAAGAAAAUGCCGGCCGUGAUGUGGGUCAGCAAAAACGAAAAAGUCGCGCCAAGGCAGGCAAGGUUGAACGGUUGUGCCAACUACGGCCGAUCGGGUAGAUACGGAGGGCGAAAUGGAACAGAAUAACGCGAUUCCAAAACCCGCACUUGACACAGUUGUAUGGGCUCUCACCUCGGGCAUGAGCGAAAGAAAGGAAGAAAGAAGGAAAGAAAGGAAGAAACAAAGACGUGAAGGCGAUGCCGAGCACAGAGUUGUGAAGUCAGAGUGCGCGACGUCAAAGCUGCUAAUGGUGCCACGUAGAACGCAUCCGAUUUCGCAUACGUUUGAUCCUUCGCGAUACCAAGGCGCAAGAGAGCGCCGUUGGCACGGGCGUGUUUUUCCUUUUCCUUUUCUUUUGUCUGCAAGCUGAGAUUGUGAAACUGCGUCGAAGGCUUGUACCUAUCACCACGACGGUGGAGAGGGCGAAAGUUGCCAGGGGAAGGAAAAAAAGAAACUCUCCGACCUCGACGUCAGCGUGUGAUCGUCGCGGCUGCCUGAUUUAGUCGAGCGAAACCUCUUGCUGCGAGUGACGGCAAGGGAACAUAAAAUCAUCAUGCUGAAGUUCUGUAUUUUGGUGCUGGCAGCUGUCAGUUACGCCGCGGCGGCGGGCGUCAGCGAUGCGAACACCUUUGUGGACACCAUUUUCCGGGAAAAGAUGCCAUUCCUCGUGAAGGGAUCGCCACGGCUUUUCCCCUACGCGACCAUCGGGGACUUCAGAUUCAAGGUGUACAAGACCCAGAUCACCAACCGUGACCUGAAGGUGAACAUGACGCGUGGCGAGAUCCGUGGCCUGGACACCGCUCUGCAGCGGCUGGGAGACUGUCAGGCGCCCUUCCUCCGUGACGGACAGACCGUCGUCUUCUGCAACCUUGCCAUGCAGGGACUCAACAUUACCUUCACUUCGCUGGCAAAGGGAGACACUCUGGUUGCCAUUUGGAAGACCAUCUGGGUGAACGUAGCCGUUAAGGACACCAUGGCUCAGUUCGAAGCAAGCGCUCCUAUCGGUCGGGACGGCACUCUCCGCACGUUCCUCAUCGAGGACAUCCGGCUGGACGUGACGUACGACAGUGACCUGAGCCUUAACUCGGCCCGCAGGCAGAAGUUCAAGGAGGAAAUCGCGGCCAGAGUCAAGGACGAGCUGAGACACAUUUUCUACAACGACUACAAGGACCUGCUGCGCCGUGCUGUGGAGUCGGUCACGUUCCCCAGGGUCUGAUCGGACUUUGAGUGCAACGCGUGAGAUCGUUACAGUGUCGGGAAGUGGCCUUGACUCAGUCAUGCCACGGAGCAAGCAGCCUCGUCUUCCAGCGAAGCCAUGCCGUUUUGGUCCCGUAUGUGAAACGUUCGGCUUUCUUUGCGCGAACACUUUCACUGUCGUCUUUACCACUGUCUAGCUUAUUAAAAGAAAUUAAGCCCAAUUUACGGCUUAUACGAGAAAAGUGCCUGCAGCGUUUGAAUUGCAAGUCCACCUUUGUGUACUGUGUGCUAGCACAGAAAGAAGGACGCUGCGUUUAUAUGUUCCUAAAAUAAAGAAAACAUGCAUUUAAAUGUU